AUGAGUCUAUUGCAAUCAAGAGAUCAUCCAGCAGCCGAUGCGAACUGGAUUUCUGAGGUCUACAAAGAUAAGAUACGUUCUAUGCCAGCGUAUAAGGCAUCCGACAUCCGGGAGCAUAUCCAAACAGAUUAUGGGAUUGACGUGAAAUAUCAUAAAGCAUGGCGUGGCAAAGAGAAUGCGAUAAGGGCAAUUAAUGGUGGAGGUAGAGACAGUUUCUCACAACUUCCGUUGUACUGUCAUGCACUUCGGGAGUCAAAUCCGGGAAGUAUUAUAGACUGCGAAGUUGAGCAGGCAACCAAACGUUUCCAACGCCUUUUUGUUUGUUUAGGUGCAUGCCGGCUGGGUUUUUUGAGGGGUUGCAGGCCCCUACUCUUUCUUGAUGGGACACAUAUAAAAAACAAACACAAAGGGUGUCUGCUAAGUGCAAUUGCAGUGGAUGAGGAUGAUGGGAUGUUUACUUUAGCAUUUUCUGCUGUGUCUACGGAAAAUGAUGAAAAUUGGGAGUGGUUUUGCUGGAAGCUGCGAUCUGUUUUAGAAUGUGAGGGACGUACGGAUUGGAAACAGUACACAUUCUUCUCGGAUCGGCACUCGGGUUUACUAAAGUCAAUCUCAUGCGUCUUUCCCGGAGCACAUCAUGCGUACUGUCUCCGACACUUAGUGGACAACUUCCGUACCCAGGUUAUGCGGAGAUACCCAAUGCAUAAUAAGAAACGAUGGACCGCUGUCUUCAAUAAGGCCGCCUAUGCUCCGUUGAGGAGAGAUUUCGAAAACCACAUUAGUUCUGUGGUCGAAUCAAUGCCAUUGGCCAGGGACUUCAUUACCCAAUCACACCCAGAAUGUUGGGCAAAUUCACUAUUCAGAGGCACUCGUUGGGGAAUAAUAAAUAAUAACAUUGCUGAGUCAUGGAAUAGUUGGGUGAGAUCCGCGAGGUCAAUGCCAUUCGUUGGGAUGUUGGAUACCAUUAGAAGGCAAGUGAUGGUAAUGAUGAAUGAACGCCGCGAAAAGUCGGAGAUAAUGCACGGAAGGCUCUGUCCAAAACAGAAGAGCAAGUUGGCACUAUCGUACAUGGCGUCUCGACGGCUACAGUGCAGUUCAUCCUCUAGAACUGUAUUCGAGGUAACAGAUUGUAAUGAAAGAUACGCAGUCGAUUUGGAGGCGCGCAAAUGCUCUUGUCGAGAAUGGCAAAUGUUCCGAUUGCCCUGCAAGCAUGCCUGCGCUUGCAUUGAAAAAUGCAGUAUGUCAAUUUAUGAUUUUUGCGAUCUUUACUAUAGCAUUGAAUCUUACAGAAAAACGUACCAGGAGCCAAUAAAUCCCGUACCGACGCAUGAUAUGGACGUGAUUGUUGAAAUUCAGGCGGACCAAAUUCACCCUCCUCCGUCGUCUGUCCAACCAGGCCGGCCAAAUAAGCGAAGGUUCGAGUCCCAGCAGGAUGUAUAUUUUUCAUGUACUGAGGCAUUUGAUGAUGUAGCUCUGUAG